AUUUUCCUAAAUUAGCAGCCUAAUGUGUUCUAAAGAGCAGUUCCACUCAGAUCUCUUCUGAGGGGUUGCAUUUCAUCACAGUAUAAAAUGGGCAAAUCCAUCACUUCCCUCUGCUCAGUGCUUUUGAAUCAAGAUUGAAGGGAAAAUUAGAAGCUGUUCAUUUGGGCUCGCAGGCUCGGAAGCAUUGCACGGCUUUGUUCCAGGGUCUACGGUGUCCUGUUGAAAGGGGUCAACAAGUGCCGGGGAGGGUGCAAAGAGAGGCUGAGGCUGGCGUCACCUUCUGUUGCUAAGGUAACGUGCUCUGGCCAUUUUAUCUGAAAAAGGAAGUCGAGUGGACGGUAUGCAUUAUUCAUCGCUGUUCUAAUCAAACAAUCAAAAUUGUUUACUUUCCCUGGGAGUGUUUAGCGAGAUCAAAGACACUCGGGCUGAAACUGCUCUUGCUUUUCUGUCGACAGGUAGCCCUUGGGUUUUUUUGCAGUGUCCAAGUGAACAUUUUCUUUCAAAACUCUGUGUUUGGAACAUCAAGGAUGGAUUAUCCCAAAAUGGAUUAUUUUCUGGAUGUCGAGUCUGCUCAUAGACUCUUGGACGUUGAGUCAGCUCAAAGAUUCUUCUACAGUCAAGGAGCUCAAGCUCGCCGGGCGACCCUGCUCCUGCCUCCCACAUUAAUGGCGGCAUCUUCGGAGGACGAUAUAGACCGGCGGCCCAUCAGAAGAGUCCGCUCCAAGAGCGACACGCCGUACCUGGCGGAGGCCCGAAUCUCCUUCAACCUCGGGGCAGCUGAGGAAGUGGAGAGGCUGGCUGCGAUGCGUUCCGACUCCCUGGUCCCAGGUACCCACACACCCCCCAUCCGGAGGAGAAGUAAGCUUGCCAACCUGGGGAGGAUUUUCAAGCCUUGGAAAUGGAGGAAGAAGAAAAGUGAAAAGUUCAAACACACAUCAGCAGCCCUGGAAAGGAAAAUAUCAAUGAGGCAAAGCCGAGAAGAGCUGAUAAAGCGGGGAGUCCUGAAGGAAAUCUACGACAAAGAUGGGGAGCUCUCCAUAUCAAAUGAGGAUGACUCCUUGGAAAACGGCCAGUCCCUGAGUUCCAGUCAGCUGUCUCUGCCUGCUUUGUCCGAAAUGGAGCCAGUCCCAAUGCCCAGGGACCCCUGCUCGUACGAGGUGCUCCAGCCUUCAGACAUUAUGGACGGGCCAGAUCCUGGCGCCCCUGUGAAAUUGCCUUGUCUGCCAGUGAAACUGUCGCCUCCGCUACCUCCAAAGAAAGUCAUGAUCUGUAUGCCUGUAGGGGGGCCAGACCUCUCGCUGGUGUCCUACGCUGCCCAGAAGAGCAGCCAGCAGAGCGUGGCCCAGCACCACCACACCGUCCUGCCCUCCCAGAUCCAGCACCAGCUGCAGUACGGCAGCCACGGCCAGCACCUCCCCUCCGCCACCGGCUCCCUCCCCAUGCACCCCUCGGGCUGCAGGAUGAUAGAUGAGCUGAACAAGACGCUGGCCAUGACCAUGCAGCGGCUGGAAAGCUCUGAGCAGCGAGUUCCCUGUUCCACUUCUUACCAUAGCUCUGGUUUGCACUCGGGUGAUGGUGUCACAAAAGCAGGACCCAUGGGCCUUCCAGAAAUAAGACAAGUGCCAACUGUUGUGAUUGAAUGUGAUGACAAUAAAGAAAAUGUGCCUCAUGAAUCAGACUACGAAGAUUCUUCUUGCCUGUACACAAGAGAAGAGGAGGAAGAGGAAGAGGACGAAGAUGAUGACAGCUCAUUGUAUACCAGCUCCCUGGCCAUGAAGGUGUGUAGGAAGGACUCCUUAGCCAUCAAACUCAGCAACAGGCCCUCUAAGCGAGAACUAGAAGAAAAGAACAUCCUUCCCAGGCAAACAGAUGAGGAGCGGCUGGAGCUGAGGCAACAGAUCGGCACCAAGCUCACCAGGCGGCUGAGCCAGAGGCCAACUGCAGAGGAACUGGAACAGAGGAACAUUUUGAAACCCCGGAACGAACAAGAAGAACAAGAAGAGAAAAGAGAGAUCAAGAGGAGGCUAACCCGAAAGCUCAGUCAGAGGCCCACGGUGGAAGAACUUCGGGAAAGGAAGAUCCUCAUUCGCUUCAGUGACUACGUGGAGGUGGCUGACGCUCAGGACUACGACCGCAGGGCUGACAAGCCCUGGACCCGCCUAACCGCUGCUGACAAAGCUGCCAUCCGAAAAGAGCUCAACGAAUUUAAAAGCACUGAAAUGGAAGUUCAUGAAUUGAGUAGACACUUAACAAGGUUUCACCGACCUUAACAAUUGAAUUCCUCUUGAGUGCUAUGCUGUCUUCAAAACAUAAAUUUAUAAGAACCAUAAGUGCUGGUAUUUAUUCACUUCCCCAUUAUGAUGUAAAUCUUCUGAACUGCCUUUUUUUAAAAGAAGAGGAAGAAAAAUAUAAGGAAACACAAUCAAGAUUCUAUGUGUGAAAACACAAAGAUGACCGCUCAGCGAUCAGAGCUGCUGGCCCCACUUCUGACACCGAAAUGUGUCCCACCCCUGGCAGGGCCCAGGGCUCCUGCAGCAGGGCCCUGACUGAAGACUUCCCAGCCAGUGGAGUGGUCCUCGUCCUCUUUGGCCAGGCCCAGCAGGCACCGAGAACCUCUUCCUCACAAGUGUCUAGCACCUGAGUCCAAAGAAAGCAGAGGGGGUGGGUUUCCCCUGGGAGGGGGUACUGUGCAAAGAAAGCUCGAUCUGGUUGGCUUUCUAGACUUGGCCCAGUGUACUGGCUCCAGAUGUAGCAUCUGGUUUGGGGGCCCCAGCAGAGAGUGGUACCAUGAGGAAAGGGGUCUUUCUCAGCUGCUCUUGGCCCUCCCUCCCUUCUGCCAGCAUCCACUCAGUGGGCAAAGGGAAGAGCCCUUUUCUAAUGGGGGGGUGGAGGGUCUGGGUGCCUGUUGGUCUUGGAGCAUGUGUGCUAUAGGUGGGGAAGGCUGGCACUGAGUGCCCAUACUGUCCUCCCAGGCUGAGCUGAGCUGCUUUCCAGGAAGCAAGAUCUGGUUUAGAAGGGGAAGGAUAUCAUCUUAUCAAGUUCAAAUUCAUUGACCCAUCUCUGUUCAGAGAGUCAAUGUCAUGGGUGACUGGUGCACACAAACAGCCAUUGCUCAGGUACUCCCUUGGUGUUUCUAAGUCUGAGCAGGAGGGCCCUGUUAAGGGCAGAAAGGCUGGGGUCAGUAACUGCUUAGCUGAUGUUCUUCACGUUUUCUGUGUGCACCGUCCCAGUGAUUGUGUGGCUUGGGAAUUGAUGGUCUCUGAAUAUAAGACCAAUGCAUGCAGGCCAGAAACUAUUCCUAUAAGUCUAGCUUCCCAGCCCCUGAGGGACUAGAAUUCCAGAACCACUUGAUGGCCUUCUAUUCUCUCUUCUUUGCACCCAAGAGUUUCUAUGGAAGAGCCCAGAGUUCAGCAUGGGCCAAAAUUGGCCCAGCACAUGCCUGCCCCAGAUGUACCUCUCUGCUCCAGUUCAUCCAGAGGGAAUCCUUCCUCUUUCUCACAAUGCUGGUGAGGGUGAUUGGAGAUGUGUCUCCAACUGUCCUACUCCUUGUCAACAAGGACACCAAGGGCAGGAUGUGCAAACCCUAAACCCUACCCAGCAUCCCCACAAGGCCCACUGCAACUUUUAUUUCCCCCAACAGCGCUGGCAGGCCCAAAGUCACAGAGCCCUGCUGAGCCUCCGAUAGGCUCCACAGCCAGCCCAGCCUUUCUAGGGGAUGGCUCUCUCCCCACCACACAUAGCCAGAAUUUACAAAGAUGCCAUCCUGGCCUUCCCCAAAAGAGUUAACCCAUCUCCACCAUGAGCCACUUGGGAGCAAGUCACUCUCAGGAUGCAUGUCCAUCCAUGAAGCCAUGGGAUUUUUCACAGGCCUUAAUGGCACCCAUGGCCAGCACUAACCCAGGGGCCAGACAGCUGCUGGUGAGACCAAGGGGAGCUCUUUGGGCAGCGCAUUCAGCUGCAGCUCCCUCUUGCCACCUGGAGCCAGUGCGCCUCCGCCCAGUCCAAGGAGGACGCCUUCCUAGAUCUUUUCUUUCUUUGUGGAAUCAGAAUAGUUGCUGCUGGGGGAGAGGAAUUGUUCAGGGAAAAUAUGGUUGGGGUUUUAGUGUGGCUAUAAACACAGUCUUCCCAAAAGGCUUACUGACGUUUGAAUGUGCAAAUGGUAUGACGAAAGAUGGAAGGCUCUUUCGUCGAAUUUCUCUACGGCUGAUGGGCUGGCACGUGUUCUGGCAGAGGUGCCCGCCAAGCCAGACUAGGAGUCUGCGCUUCCUCUAACUGGGUGGGCUUCAGGCACACUCGAUGCCCUAGCAUCCCCCUGGCCAGGAGUGAGUCCUAAGGGAACUCAUUCUGUUGACUGGACUCCUCCCAUGAAGUCCCAUAGCUUCUCUGCUGGCCUUGAGAAGGGUUCUUGAGCCCUUCAUAUGCCCUAGGAAUAGAGGCACAAAUGGUAUCCCACCCCAGCCAGCCAGCAGCCCAGGGUUUCUGCCCAGCGUGCACCAGUGUCGCAAUCCACUUGUGCAUGGAAGAAAUUGAACACGAUGUCCAUUGCUCUUCCUGCAGGGCACCCUUUUCCAGAAGUCAUUUGCUCCGAGUGAGAGGGGCAUCUCCCAUGCCGCUAAAAGUCUCUCAGCUUUGGGAUGGGCUACUUCAAGCCCAUGUUCAGUGGCUUUACCCAGGCUCGGCAACCUCAGUGGCCUGUUGGAGGGGCCUCUGUUGUCUUUCUCCUUUCUUAAAACCUUUAGGUCUUUCUAGAGAUUUAUCCACAUUUUUCUUUUUUGCCACAUCAUUAUGACAGCCGAAGCAAUUUGUGAUACUUUCCAAGAUGACAAUAUGACAUUAAUUAGGGGAGAAAAAAAAGUGAGCUUACAAUGCAUCCCUUUUCUGGAAAAGCCGCAGUUUUUAAGUCAGUUUAUUUUGUGUGUAUAAAUUCUCAGUUGAGCAUUUUGUCCUUUGCAUUACAGUGAGAAGAAAAAUGUGAAAUGUCUCAAAUCAAGUGUUUCCCUCUCAAAAUUAGACACCUCCCCAAUCCUGUACCCUGUCCUUAUCACGGAUGAAAGAGAUGGCCAGCGGCCUACUUGCUUUUUCAAAAUGCUGAUACAUUCAUCUCUGACGGGCCCUCAAAGGCCUGUAAAACUUUUAAAACUUUAGCCUUUAUGUCAGAUUAGAGAAACCAAACAACGUGACGGUAAAUGUGAUGACAAGCUCCGAGUUUAUUUUUCUCCUGCUUACGAACAUGUAUGUAUAUUUGCCAAAUGAAAAUUGUGGUGUGUUCCUUCAAUGAAUGGAAUUUCCGGCUCUCCCUGUGCAUAGCCAGUGGGCCAAGGUCACCUUAAAUGACUUUUUCUCCCCAUUUGUCUGUUAAUCCCCAGACCGGUUGCAUUUUCCAGUCGCUUCCCGGGUGUCUGUACAUAGUUUGUCUCUGUAUAGGAGUGAGUGUGGUGACUGUCUAUCCCCUGCUCUCCCAGGUUCUAACUUAACAGAUGACGGCUGUAUGAGGAAGACAGUGUAAAUAGAGAAUACAGAUGAAACUGGAUCUCUGUGGCCUAGGUUUUGUACAUACAGAAACUGCAUGGUAUUUAAAUUAUUGUUUGUCUCUGAUGAUGUAUGCAGUUUCUUUAAAAACAAACCAAAAAAAA